AUGACAGUAACACUUGCAAAGUUCCGAUCCCAUCUGGGGCAUCACUUGGAGCAGUUAGCACUUUUGGUGCUUCCUCGGCCCCUUCUUCAAGAUGGCGAGGAAAAUAUAUCAAGCGAAAGUGAACUGCAAGACGAUCUGAGAGACAAUAAUUCUAAGCAAGGAGAUUCCAGUUCCGAGGGGAUUUCAUUAGCGCCAAUGAAUGAGAUCAUUGAUGUGCUUGCUCGGGAGCUGACCUCCUUCAAUCCUGAUAUAUCGAAGUCAACACCACCGUUAGCUCUGGGAUGGCAGCCACCUCAUGACUUCACACCCCCUAUUGCCGAUUUAGAAAACGAUGAUCCGGAUCUCAUACCGCGAAGAGAAGAGUCAAUGUUUGGCGGUGAUUUGUACACCCCUGGGUGGGUUCGUGGCAAUGACACUUCCAAGCAAGGUUUCUGUGGACGUUGUUCGAUCGGACACUGGGUCAAUAUUCACGAUGAAACAUACAAAUACCACUUAACCUAUUUGCAUGGAAUCCCAUCAAGUGGCAUUCCUCUUCCAAGGCCGUCAAAGGUCCAAGAAAUUACAAAGGGGGCCGGUUGGUGGGAGGGAUGGUGCGAUUCAUGCCAAGGAUGGAGACUUUUGAGGAAGCCCAAGGGACUCGGAGGAUGGAAUUGGUUUCAACACUGUUUGACUUCAUUCAAGAACCCUUCUGCAUUACGCUGCCGAGUCCGACCAGGUGGAAUUUUCCAAAUCACAUUCGCAGCACUGGGGAGUGUCACCGAGAUUAUCAAUGCUAAGUCCAAAGGUGGCAUCACACCUUUUAUACUUGCAGCUGGUCAAGGAAACCUCGCAGCCGUGGAGCAACUUCUGAUGGGAGGCGCCGACGUAAACAUUGCCAACAAUGAAGGCUAUAGAGCUCUGGACAUCGCAGCACACGCGGGAUAUCCCUCAAUAUCGCAAGUCAUCAUCGAGCAUGGUGCAAACAUUCACAAGGCUCGGCUUUUCCAAGCUGUAUACAGCAAGAAAUUGCAACUAAGCGAGCAGCACAGUGAAGACUCGGAACCUCAGUCUGCGCCGACCAGCCUCAUUGAUGAUUCCCAGUGUAGUUCAGUCAUGAGAGAUGUGUAUAUGAACAAUUUGGACUCUGUACGACGAUAUAUUCAAAAACAUGGGACCGUGGAGAUCGAUACAGAAAUUGUCUCAAGCGAUGGGAAGACUAUGCUGAUGGUUGCUGCAUCCCGAAACUAUUAUCAGAUGGUCAAACUUCUUCUCGAAAACGGCGCAAAUAUCCACGCGACUGAUCACAAAAACUACACUGUUCUCAUGCAUGUAGUCAAGGACAAUAACCGAAAGAUGGUUGACUUACUGGUUUCCCACGGAGCAGAUGUCAAUCACGUCUCUCCCGAUCAUUCCACCGCACUCAUCGAGGCAACACAACGAGGCUUCCACGGAAUUAUGCCUGCUUCUGGGCAUACCAAGAUUGUGAAGCUUCUUUUGGAUGCGGGAGCAUCACCCAAUCCAUCUUGGGUGCCAAAGUUCACAAAACGUCGCAUGGGUGGAAGGGCACCUCCAUCUCCGCCUGGAUGGACUCCCCUGAUGUUAGGUUGCCAGCAGGGUCAUGUGGAGAUUGUCUCUUUAUUGCUCCGCUGGGGUGCUGAUUUGCGGCCAAGGAGUCCCAUGAACCGCACAGCUCUUGAGAUUGCGAAUGAGAAUGGCUGGAUCGAGAUCGUUCAGAUGCUCACUGAGACUAAUGCUAUACCAUAG